ACAAGUAUACUGUAUACGUGUUGCUCUGUAUAUAUAAACAACCCUCCCUCUUAAUUUCUUUCGCCAAACUUUCCAGCUUUUGCAAUUCUGAAUUCUACAAUCAAACAAAGUGUAUCCAUGAAAAGAAAAAAUGGUUCAAUUUCCCCUACAAGGGUUAGCCAAAGAUGCAAUAAAGCAAAAGGGAAAGUUGAUGAAGAGGAAGAAAGCCAUGAACUUUGCCCUUACUUUGCUAAUAUACCAUCUCACCUCACUGUUCAAAUUUUGCUUCAACUUCCGAUUAAGUCUCUUCUCAUUUGUAAAUGUGUCUGCAAAAUCUGGAAAACACUAAUUUCAGAACCACAUUUUGCUAAAUUGCACUUUGAGAAAACAUCUGUUAGUUUCAUGAUUCGGACAAAAGACCAUAGACGAGUGUCAAGAACCUUAUACCUUCUUGAGUGCGACCCUGAAAAGUUUGAGAUUGGAAGUGACAAUCGUGUGAAGCUUCAGCCUAUUUUCAAGCUUCCUCUUCGUGCUAGUAGAUUUUUUUUGGAUAAAAACGGCGAGAGCAGUAAUAGGGGUAGACAAAGCCUUUAUACUCCUAGUAAACAAGAACUUGAUAAUAAGUUUAAUAUUGUGAAUUCUUGCAAUGGCUUGCUUUGUUUGUCUGACUUGUUUACUGGAAACCCUUUAGUGGUUUGCAACCCAGUCACUGGAGAGUUCAUAAGACUUCCUAAAGCUACUACAACUCCUUUUAGGUUAAACGCAACUGAAAGAAGAAUGCUACAACGACAAUCUGCUCUUGGUUUUCUUGCUAAAACUAAUGAAUAUAAGGUGAUAAAAAUGUUGAUUAUAUAUGGUUUUCGUUUCAAUGACUGUAAGAGUGUGAUCGUUGAGAUAAACACGCUUGGAACAUCAUUAUGGAGAAAUGUUGAAGUGGAUUCUCAAGUUUCUAUUCCGUGGCUUAAGUAUCCCACUUGUGUGAAUGGUGCACUUCAUUGGAUUGGAUUUGAGGGCGGAUUUGAGGGUCGGCAAAUGUCUAUAUUGUGUUUCUGUCUAGAAAGUGAGAGAUUUCAAUCAUUUCUUUCUCCUCCACAUGUAUUAGGAUAUCAUAACAAUAGAACUGGUAACACCAAUCUUACUAUGGGAGAAUUAAAGGGAUUUCUUUACAUUUGUGACUCGACCUUUUUCUCUGAUGUUACAAUGUGGGUCAUGAAUGAAUAUGGCAAUGGAGAAUCCUGGACUAAGCUGUACAGCAUUGAUACAUUAGUCAGUUCUUUGGGCCACCCCGAUGUGUCACGUUAUGGUUUAUGUUUGCCGGUAAAACACUUUGAAGAAGGUGCUGCUGUAUUGUUAUAUCAUUCCUGCAAUUGUUUUAUUUACUAUGAACCUGAUAAAUAUGGAUUCAAAGUUUUUCAAAUUCAUGGGUCUCGUUCAGAUUUUUUUGAAAUAAUUCCACAUAUUGCAAGUCUAAUCCCAUUGAAGGAUGUCGUGAAAGGAGACGACAUUGAGGUGCUGAACUUCCACUCAAGGUGUGCAAAGUUUAAAUUGCGUGAAGAAAAUGAAGCUCUUUCGUUGUCUCAACCGAAUGAUGAAGACUUAGAAAGUAUAGGUCGUUCUUCAUCAUUUCAUUUUGAUAUCAUAAAUAUAUCUUCCUCCUCAUCCUCAUCUGAUGGUGUUGGUCAUGAAUCUGGUGAAGAGCAUUCUUCCUAAGAAGAGUACAAUAUUGCUACCAGGUUUCAUUUCAUAAGAGAACAAGUGACAAAUGGAAUGAUUGAGGUACAAUAUUGUCCAACUUGUUAAGAAAGUGGUUAAUUCAUCUUGAAAUUUGUUUUUUUAGGUGUUGUUAGAGUUAGUUACAACCAACUUGUUAGUUAAAGUUUGUUAGUAACUAACUAAGUAGUUAGGGAAUUAGUUUAGG